AGGCGUGGGACUGCAGUUGCACCCUCUCUCUCUCUCUCUCUCUCUCUCUCUCUCUCAUAUUACUAUAAACUCGCCAAGUGAUGAAACAAUAACAAGGCUAAAACAACGCCUUCAAAGUCCUCAAAUUUCUGAUCAAUUUGUUCUUCACCCAUCACUCAACACUCUAGCCGCUGAAGCUCUCCGCAGAAAUGGAGAGAUUUAAAUCUCCAUUCAGGGGUAUUGCGAACGAUGUCCGAGGAAGAGCAGCAUGCUAUAAACACGAUUGGGUUGGAGGUUUUCGCGCAGGAAUCGGGAUUCUCGCCCCAACUACCUACAUCUUCUUUGCUUCAGCUCUUCCUGUUAUAACAUUUGGAGAGCAACUGAGCACAGAAACAGAUGGAAUUUUGUGCACGGUAGAAACUUUGGCCUCUACUGCUAUUUGUGGUAUAAUACACUCGAUUUUCGGUGGACAGCCUCUCUUGAUUUUAGGAGUUGCGGAACCCACUGUUAUUAUGUACAAUUACAUGUAUGACUUUGCGAAGGGAAAGAAAGAAUUGGGGCCUGAGCUGUUUUUGGCUUGGGUUGCAUGGGUUUGGGUCUGGACAGCUCUUUUCCUCGUUCUUCUUGCAAUAUUCAAUGCCUGUGAUAUCAUCAACAGAUUUACGAGGAUUGCAGGCGAACUUUUUGGCAUGUUGAUUUCUGUUUUAUUCAUUCAAGAGGCCAUCAAGGGUAUGGUCAGUGAGUUCAAAAUUCCCAGUGAAGAUCCAAAGUUGGAGACGUAUCAAUUUCAGUGGCUUUACACAAAUGGACUGCUGGGGGUCAUAUUUAGUUUUGGACUCCUCUAUACUGCUUUGAAGAGCAGAAAGGCAAGGUCAUGGUGGUAUGCAACAGGGUGGUUCAGAAGUUUCAUUGCAGAUUAUGGGGUUCCUUUAAUGGUGUUAGUAUGGACAGCACUAUCAUUUAGUGUUCCACACAAUAUUCCUCCAAGAGUUCCUAGAAGGCUCUAUAGCCCUGUAGCUUGGGACUCUUCAUCUUUACACCAUUGGACAGUCAUCAAGGAUAUGGGGAAGGUUUCUCCUGGAUAUAUAUUUGCUGCCAUUAUACCUGCUGUGAUGGUAGCUGGACUUUACUUUUUUGACCAUAGUGUCGCUUCACAGAUGGCGCAACAACAAGAGUUCAAUCUAAAGAAGCCUUCUGCGUAUCAUUAUGAUAUCUUGUUGCUGGGAUUUAUGACGUUGCUUUGUGGAUUGCUUGGGCUUCCUCCUUCUAACGGGGUCCUGCCACAGUCACCCAUGCACACUAAGAGCCUUGCUGUUCUUAAGAAGCAGUUGAUUCGAAGGAAAAUGGUUAAGAGUGCUAAGGAAUCAAUAAAACAGAAAGCCAGCAACUCUGAAAUCUACGGAAAAAUGCAAGCAGUGUUCAUAGAGAUGGAUAACUUGACUACACCUACUUCAGAAGUUAAAGAACUAAAUGAAUUGAAGGAAGCAGUUAUGAAAAGCAAAAAUAAAGAGGAUGAUGCAAAAAAUGCAUUUGAUCCUGACAAGCACAUUGAUGCAUACUUGCCAGUAAGAGUUAAUGAGCAAAGAUUGAGCAAUCUGUUGCAGUCGCUCCUUGUGGCAGCAUCAGUUUUUGCUAUGCCUAUCAUCAAGAAGAUACCGACAUCAGUUUUGUGGGGAUACUUUGCUUAUAUGGCCAUUGACAGCCUUCCAGGGAACCAAUUCUGGGAAAGGAUGCUACUUCUCUUCAUCUCCCCUAGCCGACAGUACAAGGUCUUGGAAGGGGGUCACGCUUCCUUUGUGGAGUCAGUGCCAUUCAAAUUCAUAGCAAUAUUUACACUCUUUCAAUUUGUUUACUUCCUGGUCUGUUUUGGUAUUACAUGGAUCCCCAUAGCCGGAAUUUUGUUCCCCUUGCCAUUCUUCCUUCUCAUAUGGAUAAGACAACAUAUUCUCCCCAAAUUCUUCCAAUCAUAUCACUUGCAAGAGCUGGACUCAGCUGAGUGGGAGGAAGUCGUGGGCGCCCCAGUACACUCUCUCAGUAUCAAUUCUGGGAAAUCAGAAACUUCUAACGAAGAAGGUGAAAUGGAGAUGUGUGAUGCUGAGAUAUUAGACGAAUUAACAACCAGCAGAGGGGAGCUGAAGAUCAGAGCGAGCUUCAGUGAAGAUAGACGAACGAGCUUCAAUGAAGAAAGGCAUGGCCAGGUUCACCCUCAAAAAUUAGGCCAAACAGGGUGAAAUGUGAGUCAAAGGGAAUGAAAUGUGAAGAUAUUGUAGGCAUGAGAUUUGACUUGAGUAGUAGCUAAAUGUAACAGAAGAAGAUUACUGUGAAAGUGAGAUCAUAGGAAGAAGAUUUUCUGCAGAUUAAUUAGUUAUUAUGGUUGAGGUUUGAAUUGGUAGUCAUCAUAUAUAUUAAUAUCAUUCAAGAUGCUUGAUGCAUUUUGAUGGCUUGCAAUUGAAGCCAUGUUCCCUGUAAAAUAGUUCAGAUCAGACACCUUAAUUAUUUAUCAAGGUUAAUUUUUCAAAUACCAUUAUUUUAA